AGCCAAAGCAGAGCUGGAGCUCCAGGAAAAACAGCUCGCUGACAUGCAGAGCAUUUUUCUGGAGCUGAGCAUGUUUUUCUCGGUCAAGCCUAAGGCGGGAGAGAAGGAGGUUUCACCAAACACAUUCUUCACAGUGUGGCAUGAGUUUUCGUCAAAUUUUAAGGAGCUGUGGAAGAGAGAGAAUAGAUGCCUACUGCAGGAGCGCUGCAGAAGAGACUUUCAGACAAGCUCGAGAGAAGGCUACCUACAGCGUAAAACCAAAACAUGCAUCAGGGAUAAAAGCCAAGCUGGGACAGAAGACGUGAAUUUCUGCUGUACCGAAUCUAACAAAACUCCUUUGAAAAAAACAGCGUCUCCUUGA